CGUGAAGAGCUAGAGAACAAGCUUGAAGCAAAAGACAAAAGCCUUCAGAAAAGAAUACCACGUUCGGUACCAAAAGGAAAGGAAAAGAACUAUAAGUAUAUGAUUUACACUGAAGAGAUGGAAAAUGAAGAAGACAGAGAUAUGGUUAUGUUGCAUUUAGUCAGAAGAAACAACAAAAGCUUUUACGACCUUGCUAAGAUUUACAAAUCUGACAGAAAUUGGUUCUAUCGCGAAAACUUACCGAUUUCAAUGACCCCAAAUGAAGAUGUGAAACAAAUAGUUCAAGAUACGUUACCUCAAACACACUAUGAUAUUAAAGGUUGUACAAUACUUACCUUCAAAGAAGAUUUGCCAUUGUUAAAGGAAAAAAUAACAGAGUAUUUUGACAACUUCAAACAAGUAGAGUAG